UUAUAAACCUUCUCUCCUACUUUCAAACCCAACCCAAUCUCAACCAUUGAUUUUCUCUCUCUUGUUUUGUAUCUUUCACUUUCUUUUCUCUGGUUCCGAUUUAGGGCACCCGAACUUGGUCUUUGACUCAGAACUAGCUCUGAUCUGCUUCUCAGGUUGUUAAGGAAACACUUCUCAUAUUGUUCUGAGGACUUUGAAUACAAAGGAGGACCAUUUACAGCAAGGGAUGAUUUUUGGCUUGACAUUUUGAAAUUCAUGCCAUGUCGGGGUUACUUAAUUCUUCUCUGAAUGGAUCUGCUUCAAAUCUUCCAGAUGGUGCCGGACGAUCUUUUGCGACAUCGUUUUCUGGUCAGUCUGGUGCAGCCUCCCCAAUUUUUCAUCACACUGGAGCUAUUCAAGGAUUGCACAAUAUUCAUGGGAGCUUUAAUGUUCCCAACAUGCCCGGUUCACUCACAUCGAGAAAUUCAACUAUAAAUAAUGUGCCAUCGGGUGGCGUUCAACAUUCCACUGGAAGUCUUUCUAGUGGAAGAUUUACAUCCAACAAUCUACCAGUUGCAUUGUCUCAACUAUCUCAUGGAAGCACCCAUGGACAUUCAGGAGUCACCAAUAGAGGAGGUAUAAGUGUUGUAGGAAACCCUGGAUUUAGUAGUAGCACAAAUGGAGUUGGUGGUUCUAUUCCUGGGAUUCUUCCUACAUCUGGUGCAAUUGGUAACCGAAAUGCUGUUCCAGGAUUGGGAGUAUCCCCAAUUUUGGGAAAUGCAGGUCCUCGAAUCACUAGUUCUGUGGGAAACAUGGUUGGUGGAGGGAAUAUCGGAAGGACUGGUGGAGGAUUGUCUGUGCCUGCUCUUGCGUCUCGUCUAAAUUUGGGUGCAAACAGUGGAUCCAGUGGUUUAGGAAUGCAAGGACAGAAUCGAUUAAUGAGUGGUGUGCUUCCACAAGGAUCUCCACAGGUAAUUUCAAUGCUAGGAAAUUCUUAUCCCAGCGCUGGAGGUCCACUUUCCCAAAGCCAUGUUCAAGCAGUAAGUAACUUGAACUCUAUGGGAAUGUUGAAUGAUGUGAAUACCAAUGACAGCUCCCCUUUUGAUAUCAAUGACUUCCCUCAACUGACAAGUCGUCCCAGUUCUGCUGGAGGGCCUCAAGGACAGUUGGGUUCUUUACGAAAGCAGGGUCUUGGCGUCAGUCCCAUUGUUCAACAAAACCAAGAGUUUAGCAUUCAGAAUGAAGAUUUCCCAGCUUUACCAGGAUUCAAAGGCGGUAAUGCAGAUUAUGCUAUGGACAUGCACCAGAAAGAACAACUUCAUGACAACGCUGUACCAAUGAUGCAAUCACAGCAUUUCUCUAUGGGAAGGUCAGCUGGUUUCAGCUUGGGGGGUACAUAUUCGUCACAUCGAGCACAACAACAACAACAUGCUCCUUCAGUCAGUAGUGGCAAUGUCUCUUUUUCAUCCGUUAACAACCAGGAUCUUCUCCAUUUGCAUGGAUCAGAUAUUUUCCCAUCUCCACAUUCAACCUAUCAUUCACAGACCAGUGGACCUCCUGGUAUUGGAUUAAGGCCUUUAAAUUCUCCAAAUACAGUUUCUGGUAUGGGUUCAUACGACCAGCUUAUCCAGCAAUAUCAACAGCAUCAAAACCAGUCGCAGUUCCGCCUACAAAUGUCAGCUGUAAAUCAAUCAUUUAGGGAUCAGGGCAUGAAGUCUAUUCAAACCACACAACCAGAUCCAUUUGGUUUACUUGGCUUGUUAAGUGUGAUCAGGAUGAGUGAUCCUGACCUGACGUCUCUAGCUCUUGGAAUUGAUCUAACUACACUGGGGUUAAAUUUGAAUUCAUCAGAAAAUCUUCACAAGACCUUUGGUUCUCCAUGGUCUGAUGAACCUGCUAAGGGCGAUCCAGAGUUUAAUGUGCCACAAUGUUAUUAUGCUAAACAGCCACCUGCUCUACAUCAAGGAUACUUUUCAAAGUUUUCGGUGGAAACAUUGUUUUACAUAUUUUACAGCAUGCCCAAAGAUGAAGCACAAUUAUAUGCCUCCAAUGAGCUUUACAACAGAGGUUGGUUUUAUCACAAGGAACAUCGUUUGUGGUUUAUAAGAGUUCCCAACAUGGAGCCGCUGGUUAAAACAAACACAUACGAGAGGGGAUCUUAUCACUGUUUCGAACCAAGCAUAUUUGAAACCGUCCGCAAGGAUAAUUUUGUUCUUCAUUAUGAAAUGUUGGAAAAGAGACCCCAUCUGCCUCAACAUUGAGGAGGAAACAAAAACUUUAUUGUAAAGUUUCAUUUUGGAUUUAAUGCCUUGGAGUCAUUUUGCAGCA